UACAUUUUGUUUAAAUCAUUCAUACCUUUACUAUCUUAGGAUAACAAACAAGAACCAUGGUUUAUUGCAUUUUUAUGAAACAAUUGACUAACUAAAGAAUCGUCAUUGUUUUUAAAAUGACGUGUAAGUAGUUAUUGCAUAACCAUCAAUCAUGAUGCAUUACACUCAACACGAGAUUUAAACGUUAGAAUUUCACUAUGUAAUUACAAUCAACAACUACUAUUGUUCAAAUAAGAUUACUUAGUAGUAUCAAUUCAGAGUUAAGAAUAUUUGAGUAGGUAUAUUGUAAAUUGCUAGUAAAUACAUGUUGUUAUCAGUCGUUCCUUUAGUGAGUGGAUGAAUAUUAUUCCCAUAUUCAAACAUGGGUUCAGUAUUGAGCUACUUCUUAGGAUUCUUUGUUAACCAAGGUAGAAUCGACGAUGCCAACCCUGUAACAGGACUCACAUCGCGUGAUAUAUACUUAAUUACAAAUAGUUGGAACAAGGUUAUUUCCCAGCCUACUGAAAAUGGUAUCAAAUUUUUUAUGAGGCUUUUCGAAAUUGCACCUAAGCACAAGUUAACUUUUCCAUUCAGAGACGUACCUACCGAAGACCUUCCUAGAAACAAGAAAUUUCACGCCCAUGUAAACAGCGUUAUGUACUCAAUAAGUUCAAUUGUCAACAGCUUAAAUGAUGUCGAUACCGUAGCAGCUAUAAUUGAUAAAAUAGGACGAAAUCAUGCAAGAAGAUCAGUAGAUCUACAGGCUCUAAAGGACGUAAAAAGGGCUUUAUUGGAUAUUUUUGCUUUUAUGACAACGGCAGAGUUAGCAGCUUGGAACAAAAUGCUUGAUUACUUCGCAAAAACCGCAUUUAAAGGCAUUCAUGAAGAAAAUGAAUAAUCAUUUCCAUUUAAGCUUGAGAUGUGUGGAGAGUGUGAGAUGAAAUGAAAUUAAACAAUUUGUAUGAUUCAAAGACAUUAAAUUUUUGAUUUAUUUACAAUGUUUUA